UGAUGUAAAAUGAAAGCGCUUACUUCACAUAAGAUGCAAAAGCUAUGUAAAGCACAAACUGAUUAUAAAACCCGUUACUAGAUCUACCACUAGUAGUAUUAAAUUUCAUGCUGUAAUCCCUCCAUGGGUUUGCAAGGUCUAUUGUUGUGCGUGAUGAUUUCGGGUAUUAUGGUUGAUAUUUAACUAUAAUCAACCCAUGUCAAAUGUAAUUACUAGAUUUGCUCCUUCACCAACUGGAUUUUUGCAUAUAGGAGGUGCUCGCACUGCUUUAUUUAAUUGGCUGUAUGCAAAACACCAUGGAGGUAAAUUUUUAUUACGCAUUGAAGAUACUGACCAAAAACGCUCAACAAAAGAAGCCAUUGAUGUAAUAAUCAAAGGUCUUAAAUGGCUUGGGAUAGAUCAUGAUGGAGAAAUAGUAUACCAAUCGGAAAGAAGAGAGCGGCAUAUAGAAGUAGCAAAUCACUUAGUUAAAAAGGGUAAAGCAUACUAUUGUUACUGCUCAAUAGAUGAGAUUGCAGAAGAAAAAGUACGGACAAGAGAAGGAGGAAAAAUAUAUAAGCACAAAUGUACUACAAAUAUUGAUAAGAGCAUCAAACCAGUUGUGCGUUUUAAGGUAGAGGAGCAUUCGAUUGAGUUUCAAGAAAGGUCUAUCAUUGUCGAUGAUAAAAUAUAUGGACAAGUUAAAAUUAGCAAUGCUCAGCUCGAUGACAUGAUAAUCUUACGUUCUAAUAACACCCCUACAUAUAUUUUUGCUGUGGUGGUUGAUGAUCAUGAUGAUGGAGUUACUCAUGUAAUACGAGGUUCUGAUCAUCUAACUAAUACUUUCAAACAACUAUUGAUAUACCGAGCUCUUGAUUUUAAUGUUCCCCACUUUGCACACGUGCCACUUAUUCACGGGGAAAAUGGCAAUAAAUUAUCCAAAAGACAUUGUGCAACAAGUGUGUGUGAUUACGAAAAAAUGGGAAUAUUACCCGAAGCAAUGCGUAACUAUUUACUCAGACUUGGUUGGAGUCAUGAUAAUGAUGAAAUCAUUAGUGAUGAACAAGCAUUAGAAUUGUUUAACUUAGAUAGCAUUGGCCGCUCACCUGCGCAAUUAGAUUUUAAAAAGUUAGAGCAUUUAAACAAUUAUUAUAUUAAAAAUACAAGUAAUGAAGAUAUUUUAAGCAUACUUACCACAAAACUUAACAUCACUGAUAAAAAAAGGAAUUACCUGCUUCAAGGACUAACAGAAUUAAAAAAGAGAGCAAAUAAUCUAAUUGAGUUAUUAGAUAUAGUUAAAUUUUAUACAGAGAAUUUACCUCUUUCUUUAAGCGAAGAAGCUCACAAAAUUAUUAUUGCUAAUUUAAGCACAAUCGACCUGCUUACUUCAUUUUUCUCGUAUAUUAAUAAUGAAGAUUGGCACAAAAACUCCCUAUAUACUCAGAUCAAAAAAUUUGCAACAUUGCACGACAUGAAAAUGAGUGACAUUUACCACUCACUACGCGCUCCCAUAACUGGAGUGAUGGAUGCGCCGGGAAUCAUUGAUAUAAUGGUAAUUCUUGGCAAAGAGGAAUGCAUAAAAAGGUUGCAACAUUCUAAGCACUAUGUUUAAGAAAAACAUGUUUACUGUAUUUGGCAUUGAGCUAGAAUUUUAUAUCGAAGUAAUAGAAGUAGAUUUAUUUCUUAAUGAUAUUGAAAACAAAAUAGGUUUAUUUGGAUUCUCUUGCGAGAAAGAAAGUUCUCAACAUCAAUAUGAAGUAAAAAGUUGUUGUUAUGCCAACUCCAGUGAUCUAAUCAAACAUUUUGAAUAUGUCAAAGAAAUACUUGCGGACACAGUGCAUAAACUUGGUGGCGGUGUUUCUUUUAAAGCAAAGCCUUACUUAGAUAGAGCGGGUAGCGCUUUAAAUGUACAUGUUAAUUUAGUAGAUCUAGAUAAUAAUAAUUUAUUUUAUGCUUAUGAUAGUAAUCACUUGCUUUAUAGCAUUGGUGGUUUAUGUGCAAUGAUGAAAAGACAUAUGCCAUACUUUGCUCCAAGCGACGAUUCGUACUUAAGGUUCCGAUAUCCAGAUCUCAAUACACCAACUACAGUUAGCUGGGGUAUGAAUAAUAGAACCGCCGCGAUAAGAAUUCCCAACUUCGCUGGUAACUUCAAAAAAUGCCGUUUAGAACACCGCGUUCCUGGUGCAGAUUGUACCCUGCAAGAAGUACUAAUGGCAAUAACGGAAGGUAUAACUUUCGGCAUAAAGAACAAAAUUAUUCCGCCAGAAAAGGUAUACGGUAUAGCUUCUGAUUUUCAAUACGGUAUGGAAAGAUUAAUAUAA